UUUCACUCUCCGAUAUAUCAACAUCAACAUCAACAACAGCAAUAUUAAAAUGAAACUUAAACAAAAAAUUGUUGUAAUUUUAGCAAUUUUGAUAGCCAUUCAAUUGGCAUUGCUGUAUUAUUGUGAGAUUAUAGGGAAGAAAAUUAUCGAAAAGAAUUACAAAAAGUAUUAUCAACAAUGGCUACCAAAACGAAUAAUCAUAACGGAACCAAUAACAAAAUUAAUAUCAACAGUAAAAUCUGUACAAAACAGUACAGAAAAAAAACAAAAUACAACAACAACUGUUCCAUUUAAUAACAACAAUGGAUCUGUGAUCAGAUUUUUUUUCUCAUCAGUUUAUCAUAGAUAUUGAAUUGAUCUAUUGAGCAGUUAAUAAAGUCU